UUCCUCGGGGCAGGGGGGACGAAGUUGCACGGUUUGGGUGCGUGUAACGUGCGUGUGUGUGCGUGUGUGUCCCCCCCCCCGCCGCCUUCCUCCUCCUCCUCCUCCUCUUCCUCCCCGCUUUGUUCCCGGGAGGAUGCGGAGCGCUUAAGCCCCGGCCGAGGCGGUGGGGCCGCAGCGGGGGCAGGGGCAGCCCUCCGCCGGAAAACUCCUGCGCCGCCCCUCUUCUUCUUCCUCCUCCUCCUCCUUCUUCCUCCUCCUCCUCCUCCUCCUCCGCAGAGCCCCGGCGCGGAGCGAUGCUUCCCCGGGCGGCGGGCGGCGAUGGAGCGGGGCGGUAGCGGGGGGCGGCGGUGCCGAGCGGCCGCCCGCUGCCCCUGAGAGGCGGUGAGGAGGAGGAGGAAGAAGAAGGAGGGAGGAAGGCCCGGGGUGUGCGAGGGGACCGCGGCCAUGGAGGAGUGGCGGCAGUGCGGGCGCUGGCUCAUCGACUGCAAAGUUUUGCCCCCCAACCACCGGGUGGUCUGGCCCUCGGCGGUGGUCUUCGACCUGGCGCAGGCGUUGCGGGACGGGGUGCUGCUCUGCCAGCUGCUCCACAACCUCUCCCCCGGCUCCAUCGACCUCAAGGACAUCAACUUCAGGCCCCAGAUGUCCCAGUUUCUCUGUCUGAAGAACAUCCGAACCUUCCUAAAAGUGUGUCACGACAAAUUUGGGUUAAGGAACAGCGAUCUCUUUGAUCCCUUCGACCUCUUUGACGUACGGGAUUUUGGAAAGGUGAUCUCCGCAGUAUCCAGACUCUCCUUCCACAGUAUUGCUCAAACCAAAGGAAUUAGGCCCUUCCCGUCGGAGGAGACCACGGAAAACGAUGACGACGUGUAUCGGAGCUUGGAGGAGCUGGCAGACGAACAUGAUCUGGGGGAGGAUAUUUACGACUGCGUCCCCUGUGAAGAUGAAGGCGAUGAUAUCUACGAAGAUAUCAUCCGAGUGGAAGUUCAGCAGCCCAUGAUUAGAUAUAUGCAGAAAAUGGGAAUGACAGAAGAUGACAAAAGAAAUUGCUGUUUGCUAGAAAUCCAAGAAACUGAGGCCAAAUACUACAAAACACUUGAAGAUAUAGAGAAGAACUAUAUGAACCCUCUGAGGCUGGUACUGACUCCCCAAGACAUGGAAGCUAUUUUUAUCAAUUUGGAGGACCUAAUUAAAGUGCACUUCAGUUUCCUGAGAGCCAUCGACGUCUCUAUGAUGUCUGGAGGAAGCAGCCUGGCAAAAGUGUUUCUGGAAUUCAAAGAGAGGCUGCUGAUUUACGGCAAGUACUGCAGCCACAUGGAGUACGCCCAGAACACGCUCAACCACCUCCUGGCCAACAGGGAGGACGUCAGGCAGAAGGUGGAGGAGUGCACACUAAAGGUUCAGGACGGGAAAUUUAAAUUGCAAGAUCUGCUGGUGGUUCCAAUGCAAAGAGUUUUGAAAUAUCAUCUCCUGUUAAAAGAGCUGCUCAGCCAUUCAUCGGACCGACCGGAGAAGCAGCAGCUGAAGGAGGCUCUGGAGGCGAUGCAGGACUUGGCCAUGUACAUAAACGAAGUGAAGAGGGACAAAGAGACUUUAAAGAAAAUAAGUGAAUUUCAGAGCUCUAUAGAAAACCUGCAAGUGAAGCUGGAGGAGUUCGGGAGGCCGAAGAUCGACGGUGAGCUGAAGGUCCGCUCCAUCGUCAACCACACCAAGCAGGACAGGUAUUUAUUUUUGUUUGAUAAAGUGGUGAUCGUCUGCAAAAGGAAAGGAUACAAUUACGAGCUGAAAGAAAUUAUUGAGCUGCUCUUCCACAAGAUGACUGAUGACCCUAUGAACAACAAGGACAUUAAGAAGUCCCAUGGAAAAAUGUGGUCAUAUGGCUUCUACCUAAUUCACCUUCAGGGGAAGCAGGGCUUCCAGUUCUUCUGCAAGACGGAGGAAAUGAAGAGGAAGUGGAUGGAGCAGUUUGAAAUGGCAAUGUCCAACAUAAAGCCAGAGAAAGCCAAUGCAAAUCACCAUAACUUCCAGAUGUACACAUUUGAGAAGACGACCAACUGCAAAGCCUGCAGGAUGUUCCUAAGAGGAACCUUCUACCAGGGCUAUCUUUGCCCCAAAUGUGGAGCGGGUGCUCACAAGGAGUGCUUGGAGAUCAUUCCUCCCUGCAAGAUCGGUUCUUCAGCAGACCAGGAUUCCCUGGGUGCUGGACCCGGUCCUAAAAUGGUGGCGGUUCAGAAUUACCACGGAAACCCAGCUCCCCCCGGGAAGCCAGUGCUGACGUUUCAAAUUGGGGACGUGAUCGAGCUGCUGAGGGGGGACCCCGACUCGCCGUGGUGGGAGGGGCGGCUGCUGCAGACGAAGAAGUCGGGUUAUUUUCCCAGCUCGUCGGUAAAGCCCUGCCCCGUUGAUGCCAGGCCUCCCAACAGCCGGCCACCCUCGCGGGAGAUAGACUACACGGCGUACCCGUGGUUUGCAGGGAACAUGGAGCGGCAGCAGACGGACAACCUCCUAAAGUCUCAUGUCAGUGGCACCUACCUGAUCCGGGAGCGACCAGCUGAGGCCGAGCGCUUCGCCAUCAGUAUUAAGUUCAACGAGGAGGUGAAGCACAUCAAGGUGGUGGAGAAGGACAACUGGAUUCACAUCACGGAAGCCAAGAAGUUUGAAAGCUUGCUGGAGCUGGUUGAGUACUACCAGAGCCACUCACUGAAGGAGAGCUUCAAGCAGCUGGACACGACGCUGAAAUACCCCUAUAAAUCUCGGGAGCGCUCUACCUCCAGGACCUUCACCCGUUCUCCAGCCUCCUGCGCUUCCUACAACUUUUCUUUUCUCAGUCCUCAGGGCCUCAACUUUUCUUCUCAGAGCUCCUCCAGUCCCUUCUGGUCAGUGUUCACCCCACGGGUCAUAGGGACGGCGGUGGCACGAUACAACUUCGCGGCGCGGGACAUGCGGGAGCUCUCGCUGCGGGAGGGCGACGUGGUGAAGAUCUACAGCAGGAUUGGCGGGGACCAGGGAUGGUGGAAGGGGGAGACCAACGGAAGAGUCGGCUGGUUUCCCUCGACGUACGUGGAAGAGGAAGGAGUGCAAUGACUGUGGGGAUGGCCCAUGGAAAGUCGUCGAGCGCCCAGAGCCAGCCGCUGCAGGCCGUGCACGCUUGUCCCGGUGCCCGUGGCUCCCCGAGAAGGAGGGGACGUGGCCGGACGCCUCCAGGACGGCUCUCGCAGACUCUUUAGCAACCCGUUCCUCUGUACAGUCUGUGCGCGCGCGUCAGGGCCGCCCCCGGCCUGGCUCCUCUCCCUGUAUAGAAGAUUGAUGGUCUGUGGGAUACCGAUGGUGUAGCAGCCCCAGAAGAGUCCCGGGAAGGCCGCGCUCUCCUGCAUGGACAGAGCUGAGAGACUCUGUGCGGCGCCCACCCGGAGCAUGGGGUCCAAAACCCUUUUCAGUAAAGGUGUUUUAAAAGCCA